CGCCGCGAGAACAUAAAGGAAUGGAUUCUCUGGGCUCUCUUUGGAACUCACCACGACGGGUACAAGGAGGAGUGCGCUGAGGAGGUAGAAUUUCACAUCCAGAUGCUGGAGAAGCAUACCGGAAGCAAGCUGGAUCAUGGCUGGAGCCACUCGGUCAAGUGCAUGCGACUCGCACUCGAUCCUGUCGUAUCGCUCCACAGGCCGCUGUGUUGGUAUGUCAUCGUCGGGAUCGUAGACACUAUCACCUCUGCCCAGCUGGCGUUAGGAGGGUUCAGGCAUUACGACAACAAAAAUCCCCUCGGCUGCUUUCCGCCAAGAUGGUCUUCUCUGUUCUCUCGACGUUCUCCGGACGCGAAUAUCGCGUACUGGUAUCGGCCGCACCGAUCAAAGACGAAGCAUCCAGUUCUCUUUCUGCAUGGCAUCAGGAUCGGACUAUGGCCCUAUACCCCCUUCCUUCAAGAGCUGGUCGCCAAAGACCUCAACGUCGGCAUCAUCGCCAUCGAGAACCUCUCCGUCAGCGUGCACAUCUGCGCACCACCCCUCCCAUGCGCCGAGAUGCUCGCAGCACUCACGUGCAUCCUCGAGCACCAUCAUCACACUUCCUUCGUACUCGCCGCCCGGUCGACGCAAUCGGUGCCUCCGUUCUGA